CCAUGCUCAUUGGUGUGUGUGUGAGGGAAGCCAAAACCUACAAGUCCGGCGUGAAGGGAAGAGUAGCCGGCCCUCGCCCAGCCCAGUGGAGAACCGCGCUUCCCCUUCGAAGGCAGGGUGAGCCGCAGCCGCCUAGAGUUCCCUCGAACUCGGGGUUUCAGAGCGGAGACGCCAGCCUCCCACAAACUCUUCCAGCCCGAGAUCGCUCCGACCGGGAUGGGCGGCGGGAUCUGGCUGCCAUUCCCAGUGCUCUUCCUGGCCGCGCUGCUGCGGGGCGCGGCCGGCUUCAAGCCCUCUUUGGACAGCGACUUCACCUUCACGCUCCCGGCGGGCCACAAGGAGUGCUUCUACCAGCCCAUGCCCCUGAAGGCCUCGUUGGAGAUCGAGUACCAAGUUUUAGAUGGAGCAGGAUUAGAUAUUGAUUUCCAUCUUGCCUCUCCAGAGGGCAGAACCUUAGUUUUUGAGCAAAGAAAAACAGAUGGUGUUCACACUGUAGAGACUGAAGUUGGUGACUACAUGUUCUGCUUUGAUAAUACAUUCAGCACCAUUUCUGAGAAGGUCAUCUUUUUUGAAUUGAUUCUGGAUAACAUGGGAGAAGAGGCUCAAGAACAAGAAGACUGGAAAAAAUAUAUUACUGACACAGAUGUGCUGGAGAUGAAACUAGAGGAUAUCCUGGAAUCCAUCAACAGCAUCAAGUCCAGACUAAGCAAAAGUGGCCACAUACAAACUCUGCUUAGAGCAUUUGAAGCUCGUGAUCGAAACAUACAAGAAAGCAACUUUGAUAGAGUCAACUUCUGGUCUGUGGUUAAUUUGAUGGUCAUGGUGGUCGUGUCAGCAAUUCAGGUUUAUAUGCUGAAAAGUCUAUUUGAAGAUAAGAGAAAAAGUAGAACUUAAAACUACAACAGUGUCACUUAACAUUGAAAAAUAAGAGGUAGAAAAUUCUAAUACACUGUUACAGUCAAGAUCAUUAGUAGUCUUUACCAUAACAUUUUCAGAAAUUUAAGUGUAAAAUAUGUAAAAUUUAGUAGAAAAGGAAAAUCCUCGUUUACGUCCAGAUAACAUUGACCCACUUAUACACUUAUGUAUACAACAGGAUAUCAUACAUUUGGAUUUAAUUAAAUGAAGCCAUAUUAACUAUUUUUCUAAGUUUAAAAAUCUUUCCCAAAUAUCAUAUAUGAAUUAAAUAAAUGAACAGUGUUCGUAAACACACCACCCAUUUGCUUUUACCCACAACUUUCUCUGUAAAUGUAGCAGUUUUACAAAUCAUUUGAGAAUUAUAUAAUUACGGACUGAAUAGAUCAUUUUUCUCUAUUACAUCUCUCCAAAAAAGUAAAUAGAAGUAUAUCAUGGAAAUAAUAUUUUUAAGAUUUUUCUUUUUGUUUUGUUUUGUUGUUUUUC